CGCCGCCGGAGAGGCACAUAAAUUAGCAUAUGAUUUGCAUCUCGUUCAGGGUCCGGGCCCGGGCCUGGCUGGCGCGGGAUGAGGCCGCUGUUGCCCCUGAGGCUCCGGCGGGCGGCGGCCGGGGGGCUCCCGCGCUGCUUCGGCAUGGCCCGGCGCGGGGGUCCCGCCUGGCGGCUCUCCAUCGAGGGCAACAUCGCUGUGGGCAAGUCCACUUUCGUAAGGCUGCUGGGGAAAACCUUUCCAGAAUGGCAAAUGGCUACAGAACCAGUGGCAAAAUGGCAAAAGGUUCAAGCUUCCAGUAGCAGAGAGCAGACCUCGUCUUCUCAGAACUUUGGCAACCUGCUUCAAAUGGUCUAUCAGGAGCCUUCUCGGUGGUCCUAUACGUUCCAGACAUACUCCUGCAUGAGUCGACUUAAGGCCCAGCUGGAGCCCCUUUCAGAGAAGCUGUUGAAGACCUGGGAUCCAGUGCAGAUUUUUGAGAGAUCUGUUUACAGUGAUAGGUACAUCUUUGCUAAGAAUCUCUUUGAGCUUGGCCACCUCACUGAGAUUGAAUGGACCAUUUACCAGGAUUUGCACACCUUCCUCCUACAAGAGUUUGGGGAUCGAAUUGCUCUGCAUGGCUUUCUGUAUCUCCAGGCAACUCCAGAGAAAUGUCUGGAGCGGUUGCACCGAAGGGGGAGGCCUGAGGAGAAGGCGAUCCAGUUGGAAUAUCUGGAGCAGCUUCACACUCAGCAUGAAAACUGGCUAGUAAAGAAAACCACGGAGGUCCACUUUGAAAACCUAAGGAAUGCUCCAGUCUUUGUGCUUGAUGUCAAUAAUGAUUUUGAGGAUGACCCAGCUGAACAAGAGGAGCUCAUGAGGAAGUGCAGUCCACCCUGAGGUGUAAUCUGGACAUUGCAGAAGCUAAGAAGGGGAGAAGAAAGAAAGUAAGACAUGAAUUUCAGUGGAAGUUGGCUGCCUGCCUCCCUUAAGUUCCUUUUGAAAAUCUGAUCUGAAAUGCAACGAGUUCAGCGGUGCACAAAUUUCUUUGUCCGUCUAGCUCCCACUUUCCUCUGAGCAAAACCUUUCCUUGCUGAAACAUACCUGAAUGGAUUUGUUAGAAGGUCAGCAUGUCCCUCUAAGACCAUAAAGCCUCAUAAGACCAAUAAGUCUUCAAUAAACAUGAAGAAACAAAGGAGAAGCAGGAAUGGUCUUAAGACAGGCAGUUUUGAAAUACCAGAGAGAAAUAUGGCCUUGUUAAGACAGUAGCAAAGAUCUUUCCAACUGUGUGUGUGCUGAGAUGUCCUGAAAUCCUGGCCCCGUUGAAGUCCGUGGUAAGACUCCUGCGGACUUCAGUAGGGUCAGUAGUUUACCUGUUGGUGAAUCAGAGGGAAUUUUGUGAAAUGAUUGUCUGGUCACUUUUAAGUUGUAGACCUACAUGUUACUGUUGUUAGGUUACAUUGCAACACUUAGCAGUUCGUAUGACCAAGAAGGACUAAAAUCAAGCAAAUCUGUAUACGUAGUUUAGUUUUAGACCUGUUUAGUCUAAAGGUAAAUAGUAAACUGUACAAACUUAUCUAGAUAUCACCUUGUGCUCCAAGGGGAACAUAAAUACAUGUCUAUAGAUGUCUGCAGGGUGAAUAUUUGAGGGACAGCCACUUCAUAAUGUAAAUUUGGUGGACAGGUUAAAUUCUGAAGGAAAAUUCUGUGUAUUUAUUUAGCUUGUGUUAAAUUAAAAAGUAUAUUCCUUUUCA